AGGGUGUGUUCGUGUGCGCCUGCUUUAGGAGGUUUACGGUGGCUAUUCCCAGUCUCUUUUUUUCCAGCAGCUGAGAGUAGUGGAAAGCCUGUGAAUCCAAGCACAUCAGCGGCUACAGCUAUGGCUGAGCGCCGCGCAUUCGCCCAAAAAAUCAGCAGAACUGUAGCAGCCGAGGUGAGAAAACAGAUCGCUGGUCAGUAUGGGGGCUCCCCACAGCUCCUCAAGAACCUCAACGUGGGUGCCGCCGCCAGCAACACCGUUCCUCUCACAGAGGCGGUGGAGCCGGUGGACUUUGAGGAGUACCUCAUCACCCAUCCCCCCAUCAUCGAGUCGGGCCCCCUGAGGGACCUUAUCGAUUUCCCCCCGGAUGACAUCGAAGUGGUAUACACCCCCAGAGAGUGUCGUACCGUGGGACAGGCCGUGCCUGAGGAAGGGGACAAUGACGCCCACGUCAGAGAUUGUGUCAGGUCCUACACUGAGGACUGGGCCAUCGUCAACAGAAAAUACCAUAAGCUUGGUACAGGAUUUAACCCUAACACCCUGGACAGGCAGAAGGAGAGGCAGAAAGGCCUGCCCAAACAGGUGUUUGAGGCCGAUGAGAUGCCAGACGUUAGCACUUACCAGGACGACCAGGAUGAUCUGAAGCGUAGGUCCAUGUCCAUAGAUGACACCCCGCGUGGCAGUUGGGCCUGUAGUAUCUUUGACCUGAAGAACUCUGUCCCUGACGCCGUCCUGCCCCACCUGCUUGACCGGGCCCCCAAUGAGGAGAUAGACCGCCACAAUGAGGAGCACCGCAAGUCCCACCGCCACCGUGAGCUCUUCGCCCUGCACCCCGCCCUCGAUGAGGAAGAACCCAUAGAGCGCCACUGUGUGCCUGACGUCCCGAAGGAACAUUUUGGCCAGAGGCUACUCGUCAAGUGCUUGUCCUUGAAGUUUGAGAUUGAAAUUGAGCCCAUAUUCGCCUGUUUGGCCUUAUAUGAUGUCAAGGAAAAGAGAAAGAUAUCGGAAAACUUCUUCUUUGACCUGAACUCAGAGCAGACUAAAGGGAUGCUGCGCCCCCACAUCCAGACAGCCGCCAUCUCUACUCUCGCCCGCUCCGCAAUUUUCUCCAUUACAUACCCCUCCCAGGAUGUCUUCCUCGUCAUACAGCUGGAGAAGGUGUUGCAGCAGGGAGACAUAGGAGAAUGUGCAGAACCGUACAUGGUCUUCAAAGAGUCUGAUGCAGCCAAAAACAAAGAAAAGUUGGACAAGUUGCGGAGCCAGUCGGAGCAAUUCUGCACACGUCUGGGUCGGUACCGGAUGCCCUUCGCCUGGACAGCCAUCCACCUGAUGAACAUUGUGAACAGCGCCGGCAGUCUGGAGAGAGACACUGAGCUGGAGAUGGGACUUCCAGAGAGGAAAGGGUCGUGGUCUGAGAGGAGGAACUCUAGUAUCGGCGGACGGCGCUCAUUAGAGAGAACCACCAGUGGAGAGGAAUCAUGUAGCCUGACCAGCUUCAGACCUGCAACCCUCACCGUCACCAAUUUCUUCAAACAGGAGGGAGACAGACUGAGUGAUGAGGACCUGUAUAAGUUCCUGGCUGACAUGAGGAGGCCGUCUUCAGUGCUGAGGAGACUGAGGCCAAUCACAGCCCAGCUGAAGAUCGACAUAUCCCCGGCCCCAGAGAACCCCCACUACUGCUUGACCCCUGACCUCCAGCAGGUCAAGCCCUACCCAGACAGCAGGGUUCGACCCACCAGAGAGAUACUGGAGUUCCCCCCCAGGGAUGUAUACGUACCCAACACUACCUACAGGAACCUACUGUAUGUGAACCCACACAGCCUGAACUUCGCCAACCGUCAAGGCUCUGCCCGGAACAUCACAGUGAAAGUACAGUUUAUGAACGGGGAGGACCCCAACAACGCUAUGCAGGUGAUUUUUGGGAAGUCCAGCUGUGGAGACUACACCAGAGAGGCAUACACUGCCGUGGUGUAUCAUACCAGGUCCCCGGACUUCCAUGAUGAGGUGAAGAUCAAGCUGCCGGCCUCUCUGACUGACCACCACCAUGUCCUGUUCACCUUCUACCAUGUCAGCUGCCAGCAGAAACAGAACACCCCCCUGGAAACCCCUGUGGGAUACACGUGGAUCCCCAUGCUUCAGAAUGGACGCCUGCGUACAGGAAGCUUCUGUCUGCCGGUGUCUCUAGAGAAACCUCCCCAGUCCUACUCGGUUCUCUCCCCUGACGUUCCUCUUCCUGGGAUGAAAUGGGUGGAUAACCACAGAGGCGUGUUCAACGUUGAAGUGACAUCAGUCUCCACCGUCCACACACAGGACCAGUACCUGGAUAAGUUCUUUGCGUUGGUGCAUGCCCUGGACGAGCACAUGUUCCCUGUGCGGAUUGGAGACGUGCGCAUCAUGGAGAAUAACCUGGAGGCGGAGCUAAAGUCCAGCAUCGCAGCACUAAACUCCUCCCAGCUGGAGCCCAUCGUCCGAUUCCUCCACCUCCUAUUGGACAAGCUGGUGGUGCUGGUGGUGCGGCCGCCUGUCAUCGCAGGACAGAUAGUGAAUCUGGGCCAGGCCUCGUUCGAGGUGAUGGCCUCCAUAGUGAAUCGGCUCCACAAGUACCUAGACACCAGUCAGGACAUGCACGGCAGAAACAGUCUGCUCUCCUCUUAUAUAUACUACGUCUUCAGACUGCCCAACAUGGACCCCAACUUCCCCUCACCAGGUCCUGGAGGGCUGGGUGGUUCAGUCCACUAUGCCACCAUGGCCAGGUCAGCCCAGCGACCAGCUAGCCUAAACCUCAACCGCUCCCGUAGCCUUAGCAACAGUAACCCGGACAUCUCCGGAACACCCACGUCCCCUGACGACGAGGUCCGCUCCAUCAUCGGCAGUAAGGGUCUAGACCGCUCCAACUCCUGGGUGCACACCAUGGGGUGUAAGAGCACCCCCUGGGGAUCCAGCCCUGUCUCUGAUACUGACACCAUGCAGGCCAUGGAGCGCUGUGGCAACCGCAUGUCUUCGCACACUGAGAGCACCAGUUUCUUGCAAACUUUAACAGGACGGUUACCCACCAAAAAGUUGUUCCAUGAGGAACUGGCACUACAGUGGGUGGUAAGCAGUGGCAGCGUCAGAGAGGGAGCUCUCCAACAGGCCUGGUUCUUCUUCGAGCUCAUGGUGAAGAGCAUCAUCCAUCACCUGUACUUCACCGACCGGCUGGAGUCGCCCAGGAAGAACCGUUUCCCCGAGCGCUUCAUGGAUGACAUCACAGCCCUGGUCAGCACCAUUGCUGGGGACAUUGUCUCACGCUUUCAGAAGGACCUGGAGCUGGUGGAACGUCUUAACACUAGCCUGGCCUUCUUCCUGAAUGACCUGCUGUCUGUCAUGGACCGAGGCUUCGUCUUCUCCCUCAUAAAGACCUACUGGAAACAGGUCUCCACUAAGCUGUACAUGCUGCAGAACCCCACUCUGGAGUCUCUGAGGCUGGACUUACUGAGGAUCGUCUGCAGCCACGAGCACUAUGUCACCCUUAACCUGCCCUGCAGCCUGCUCACGCCUCCCGCCUCGCCAUCUCCCAGCGUGUCCUCCGCAACCUCGCAGAGCUCAGGCUUCUCCACCCAUGCGCAGGACCAGAAGAUAGCCAACAUGUUCGAGCUGUCUGUUCCCUUCAGAGAGCAGCACUACCUGGCUGGACUGGUGCUGUCUGAGCUGGCUGUCAUCCUGGACCCAGAGGCCGAAGGGAUGUUUGGCUUACAUAAGAAGGUGGUCAGUGUGGUACAUAACUUGCUGUCCAGCCAUGACUCCGACCCCCGCUACGCUGACCCCGAGGUCAAGGCCCGCGUCGCCACGCUCUACCUGCCGCUCAUCGGCAUCGUCAUGGAAACACUUCCCCAGCUUCACGACUUCACAGAGUCCCAUAACCAGUGGGGUCGUCCCGGCGGUGCUCAGGGGGCCGCGGGUGGGGCCGGGGGGGACGAGUCUGGAGAGGACGGCAACAGCAUGAUCAGUCAGACAGUUGCCAUGGCAAUAGCAGGGACUUCCGCUCCGAUAUCUCGUCCCAGCAGCUUCCUGCUCAACCCACAGGCCAGCCGUCAGCAUGGCACCUUCUCAGCAGAGUCCAGCCGCAGCCUGUUGAUCUGUCUGUUGUGGGUUCUGAAGAAUGCUGAUGAGUGUGUCCUACAGAAGUGGUUCUCUGACCUGUCUGUCUCCCAGCUCAAUCGUCUGCUGGACAUGCUCUACCUAUGUGUCUCCUGCUUCGAGUACAAGGCCCAUGUUGUGUUCACCAUGCAGGGGAAGAAGGCCUUUGAGCGCAUGAACAGCCUAACCUUCAAGAAGUCCAAGGACAUGAAGGUCAAGCUGGAGGAGGCCAUACUGGGGAGUAUCGGGGCACGGCAGGAGAUGGUCCGUCGCAGCAGGGGACAGCUGGGUACACUAGAGAGGAGUCCAUCAGGCAGUGCCUUUGGCAGCCAGGAGAACCUACGCUGGAGGAAAGACAUGACACACUGGCGCCAGAACAGCGAGAGGAUGGACAAGAGCCACAGAUCACUCAGGUUUAGAGACAGCGUCCUACUACGCAACCCAGGGAGUCGAACCAAAACCCAAACCCAGGAGCCUUUAGUUGUUAGAACCAGAGCGGAGCUGGAGCACGAAGCACUUAUUGAUGGUAACCUGGCAACCGAGGCAAACCUGAUCAUUCUGGACACUCUGGAGAUCAUCGUUCAGACUGUGUCUGUGACAGAGUCUAAGGAGAGUAUCCUGGGUGGAGUGUUGAAGGUGCUCCUCCACAGCAUGGCCUGUAACCAGAGUGCCCUCUACCUGCAGCACUGCUUUGCUACACAGAGGGCUCUCGUCUCAAAGUUCCCCGAACUGCUGUUUGAGGAGGAAACAGAGCAGUGUGCUGACCUGUGUCUGCGUCUGCUGAGGAACUGUAGCAGCAGUAUCGGCACCAUCCGAGCCCACGCCUCCGCUUCACUCUACCUGCUCAUGAGGCAGAACUUUGAGAUCGGCAACAAUUUUGCACGUGUCAAGAUGCAGGUGACCAUGUCCCUGUCCUCCCUGGUGGGAACGUCUCAGAACUUCAACGAGGAAUUCCUCCGACGUUCCCUGAAGACCAUCCUGACCUACGGAGAGGAAGAUCUGGAACUCCGGGAGACCACCUUCCCUGAUCAGGUUCAGGACCUGGUGUUCAACCUCCACAUGAUCCUGUCUGAUACAGUCAAGAUGAAGGAGCACCAGGAGGACCCAGAGAUGCUCAUAGACCUCAUGUACAGGAUCGCUAAGGGUUACCAGACGUCUCCAGACCUGCGUCUGACGUGGCUGCAGAACAUGGCGGGUAAACACUCUGAGAGGACCAAUCACGCGGAGGCAGCCCAGUGUCUGGUGCACAGCGCCGCCCUGGUGGCAGAAUACCUCAGCAUGCUGGAGGACCGCAAGUACCUGCCGGUCGGCUGUGUCACCUUCCAGAACAUCUCUUCCAACGUGCUUGAGGAGUCAGCAGUGUCUGAUGACGUGGUGUCUCCUGAUGAAGAGGGUAUCUGCUCUGGGAAAUACUUCACUGAGGCUGGCCUGGUGGGGCUGCUGGACCAGGCUGCUUCCUCCUUCUCCAUGGCUGGUAUGUACGAGGCGGUGAACGAGGUGUACAAGGUACUGAUCCCCAUUCACGAGGCCAGCCGGGACGCCAAGAAGCUGGCCACCAUACAUGGUAAACUACAGGAAGCCUUUGGCAAAAUCGUACACCAGAGUACUGGCUGGGAGAGAAUGUUUGGUACGUACUUCAGAGUGGGAUUGUACGGUUCUAAAUUCGGGGACUUGGAUGAGCAGGAGUUUGUGUACAAAGAGCCUGCCAUCACCAAGCUGGCUGAGAUCUCACACCGACUCGAGGGGUUUUAUGGCGAGCGCUAUGGAGAAGACCAGGUGGAAGUCAUUAAGGACUCCAAUCCUGUGGACAAGUGCAAACAGGACCCAAAUAAGGCUUAUGUCCAGAUCACGUACGUGGAGCCGUACUUCGACACAUACGAGAUGAAGGACCGCAUCACGUACUUCGACAAGAACUACAACCUGCGGCGGUUUGUCUACUGCACACCGUUCACACUGGACGGGCGGGCGCACGGGGAUCUGCACGAUCAGUUCAAACGCAAAACCAUCCUGACCACAUCCCACGCCUUUCCCUACAUCAAGACCCGCAUCAACAUCAUUCACAAAGAGGAGAUCAUCUCUAUGCCCAUCGAGGUGGCCAUAGAGGAUAUGCAGAAGAAGACCGGAGAGCUGGCCUUCGCUACCCACCAGGACCCAUCGGAUGCCAAGAUGCUGCAGAUGGUGCUGCAGGGGUCAGUGGGGACUACCGUCAACCAGGGACCUCUGGAGGUGGCCCAGGUGUUCCUGUCAGAGAUCCCCAGUGAUCCUAAACUCUACAGACACCACAACAAACUACGCCUCUGCUUCAAAGACUUCACCAAGAGGUGUGAAGAUGCCCUGCGUAAAAAUAAGAGUCUGAUUGGUCCAGACCAGAAGGAGUACCAGAGGGAGUUGGAGAGGAACUACCAUCGCCUGAAGGAGGCGCUACAACCACUCAUCUGCAGAAAGAUACCCCAGCUUUAUAAACCUGUGCUGCAGGUCAACUCUCACAGCAAACGGACAGCUUGACCAGAGAUUCCUUCAGCAGAAUGAGUCUUCGCAAGCUUGAACUUUGAAGAUGAAGAGAAUUGAAGGAUCACAACCUUAAUUUAUUAAUGUGUAAAUACUGAUGGUCAGUGUCUUGAGAAAAGUCAGUGUUCCCCAUAGAAGGAAAGCUCAAGUGUUACUACGAAGUCGGUACAUCAUUCCAGUGUCUUAUUCGUUUACAGGCAGCCUGUUACGCAAUCAGUGGGUUUAACAAAGUGGAACUUACUAUGUACGAUGUGUCAAAUCUGUAUACAUAUUUCAUGUGUGCACCUUUUUUUCAUUACAUUUUAUGACUUGAAAGUUUAUUUAAUCCAAAACAAGAAAAAAAACAAGCAAAAUAUGUGCUACCACUCUUUAUCAUAAUGCUUUAUUUUUAGUGAAGAUACUUUUGUCUAAAGUUAAGGAAAUGUUUUAAACAUCAUGAAUUGUUUUAUGUAGUUUUUGUUUACUUUAAGUAUUUUACUAAAUCAAUAUUUUAAUGUCCAAUGGAUGCAUUGGUAUUUUCUUUGUGAUGGGAGGUUAAUGGAAUAUGGGUUUCCAUGGUUACAUAUAAACAAAUUGACUUAAUUCAA